AUGUCCUUUUCUCAGGUCUUUCUUUCCAAUUCACUUCGUUACUCGUCGAAUUCAAUGCCUUCAUCAUCUUUGUUUCAAUUGCCAUUUUCAAGAACUCUGAGAACUCUGAAGUCUUGGAAGGAUUUACGCCAGGAAAAUGAACUUUUGAAAAAUAAAUUAAAAGCAGUACAAAAAGAGGCCGAAUUACAACAUGGAACCGCUACUCUCUUUAUAGUCGAAAAAAUUCCAAUAGUAUUUGAUAGUUUUAAAGAGAUUGUGGGUCAGGGUUCCACUAUAAUCGACAAAACACUUCUUAUUUCUGAGUUCAUUGAAUGCAAUGAGAAUUUAAGGAAAAACUCUAAAUUUAUUAUGAAUGCUCUAUCCUAUCAUGAUGUUUCGGAUAAUCUAGUGGAAUCCAAUUAUCAUCUCUUCAUACUUGGCGUGUUUCAUCAAGCACAUUGCCGUGGUUAUAAAUUAACGUCAAAUAGAGAAGCUGGUGAAGGACGAUUUGACUUAAAAAUUGAACAAACAGAGAAAGCGAAUUUUAAGACUGGAUCUCAAAAACCGUCAAGAUUUCCCAUUGGCAAAAAGUAUCAUACAACGAUCAAUAAUAUUCAAAGGUCCAACAGAUUCCUCG